UUUGCGCGACCACUUGGAAUCGAAGCCUCUUAAAAUGGCAGAUGAUUUGGACUUCGAGACAGGAGAUGCAGGGGCCUCAGCCACCUUCCCAAUGCAGUGCUCAGCAUUACGUAAGAAUGGCUUUGUGGUGCUCAAAGGACGGCCAUGUAAGAUUGUGGAGAUGUCCACCUCCAAGACUGGCAAGCACGACCAUGCCAAGGUUCACCUGGUUGGUAUUGACAUCUUUACUGGGAAGAAAUAUGAAGAUAUCUGCCCGUCAACUCAUAAUAUGGAUGUUCCCAACAUCAAAAGGAAUGAUUUCCAGCUGAUAGGCAUCCAGGAUGGGUAUCUAUCACUGCUCCAGGACAGUGGGGAGGUGCGAGAGGACCUUCGUCUGCCUGAGGGAGACCUCGGCAAGGAGAUUGAGCAGAAGUAUGACUGUGGAGAGGAGAUCCUGAUUACAGUGCUGUCUGCCAUGACAGAGGAGGCAGCUGUUGCAAUCAAGGCCACGGCAAAAUAACUAUCUCCCAGGGUGGCGGUGGUGGCAGCAGUGAUCCUCGAGCCUGCAGAGGCCCCCUCCCCCAGCCUGGCCCAGCUCUGGCCCGGCCCUUGGCUGGACUCCUACACGAUUUAUUUGAUGUUUUA